AUGUCACGACACGGGUAUCAACCUAUUCGCGCGCACACCAGCCAACGCGACGAAUGCGAAGAAACAGCUCUGCAUCUCUUGAGUUGCCCUGCUAUUCAGCCAAUGCGAGUUCAAUUUGCGAUAGUUGAUGAUGUACCCCUGAAGAAACUAUGUUUUUCUAAGCGGUUAGCACAGUUCCUUAUUGCGGUGGAGCGGAACUACAUUAUGCCAGAGUUUUCACAACCAAUAAAUCUUUACGUAGCUUACCUUCCCACCUCUCUAAAAUCAGCGACGAGCUCGAAUAUGGAAACCCUGAUAGAAGAGUAA